AUGUUUAAAUCACAGGGGCCAACUGAGGCUCUGAAGACCGUUCUUGGUGAUCCUAAUCGCAUUCGUUUUAUGGAGCUUUCAAUGGAGCACGAGAAACUGGUAGUCGAGUGGAGGCGAAUCAGCAAUUUUCUGGACGGUCUUCUGGCUGAAUAUAUGGACUCCAAAUCCUUGGACAUUGUUCGACGCUAUAAGAAAUUGCAAUCAAUUGCAAAAAGAAUAAUAUUUAAUUUACGUUUAAAAGACCCAACAUUUUUUACGAAAUUCACCUCUGGGCAUGAAGAUGACCCCUGCGAGGAGGUUUGUGGGAGCGUUUUGCAGAGUGCAGUCAAACAAAAGGCUCUUCUGGCAAAACAUGAAAUGAUCUGCGACGGUAAGCAACAGGCCGUUCGGUCAGUAUCCAUUUUAAACUCGUGAAAUGCGCGUCUGCGUUUAUUUAUAUUAGUAAAAAUAUUGAUAAUUUACCAUCGGACACCUCAUCAAAUUGUGCGCCUAACUUCAAGACGAACUGUGAUCUCCGACACUGUCCUUUAUAAAUGGAAUCUGGGUUUUGUUUUUUAGGAAUUAAUUUUAUGCCGCAAAUUUACAAAUGCAACUAUUUAUCGAAUAAGUAUUUGAAAACUGACAUUAAUUUCCAUCUCAAGAAAUUCUUCAUUUGAGUACUAAACACAGAGAUUGCUGUCACCUUUGGCCAUAUAAUGCAUAGGCGCCUCAUUAAUCCCAUUCAUUACCACCGCCAAAGACGGUCAAAAGUCACAUUUUCAUCUCUGAGUGUAGGUGAAUAUUUAAACAUUUUGAAAGCCAACGAGAAAAUGGCAAACGUUAAAAACAAGUCCACAAAUCCAGCUUCUACCAUUUCGUCUAUGGGCAACCUGCACAAAGUAAUAGAACAGUUAUUCGUUGCCAUCAUUAUAUGGUGCCUACAAUGGGCAUAAAUGACAAAAAUACCAAGAAAGCUAUUAGUUAAACGUGGAAUUAACACCGGAUGUCUAAUAACACAGGUUUAGUGAGAACUGCAAACAGUGCACUAUUUAUUUGUUCCAGGCAAUGUAAACUGGAUGCAAAGUGUUCGGUUCUUGUCAAAAGCCAUGUCUGCUGCUGAAAUCCCUUAUUAUUUUAAAACAAAACUUUUGUCUUCCUUUUCUAAAGUUGAAACACAAUAAGGAAGAGCACGUAUUUUUUCAUCAGUCAUAAUUUAUCAGAGAUGUCGAAAAUGAUAGAUAUUAGAAAUUAUGGUAAUUCUUUUGAAUACUAAAAAUUUACUGCAGCUCCAGUAACAAUAAUGGUAUAGUUGGACAAUUCCAGAAUAUAUUAUAUUUCUGCUUCGUACCACUCAAUGAAUUAGCAUAAUGAAAUGAAGAUUGCGUUCCUGACCUUUUGCGUUAUAACGUUGCCCUUGUGACGCCGUAUUUCACUGUGUUUCCCAGUAAAUGAAAUAAAAUUUAUUCAAGGGCCACACAUACAAUAAAACCUUUCAUGCGUUGGCAGCGGCUGUCUUAGAGGCUGUCUGUGUUAACAUCGCCAUUUCAGCCGCAAGGGUUCAUUUCGCACCCUUCCGCUUGCUCUUCUAGUCCAUCUAGAUGUUCAGAAUUCGGAAGUGCCUGCGAACGUAACUGAAAAAUCACCCUUUUCGCUUUUCUCUGCAAAAGCAUUGUGACUUUGAGUCCGGCCCACAUCAGCCCAAAACACCUUACUGAUAGUCAUUCUACUUCGAUCGAUGAACUUGUGCCUUAUGUAUUUAAUUGUUAUCAAAGUGCAGCAAUCACCAAAGUUGAAAUAUUGUAAUGCUCACGCCAAGUCCUCAACAAAUAAAAAUGCAGCUACUUUGUGGUGGUUUACCUUCAAGAGAACGUACUUACAAAAUCUAACUCAUCUUCAAGCAUAUUGGCCAACCUGCAAUCUAGCAUCUUCUACAAAAUAGUUCGCAGACACAAAUGUGUUUUUAUUUCCUAACUAACCAUUCUUUUUCAAUGUAAGAACUUCUAGUUACUAUUAGGGACUUUGUCCUUACCGACAAUUUACUUUUGCAUAGAAAGUAUUUCACAAAUAUCGUUUUGCGUAACACAAGCAUUAUACCAACUAUGUUUCACUAGCAACCUCAGGUAAAGAACGUUACCAUUCUUGUAUGAAUAAUGUUAGGUUCAGUGUACCUUUCGUUAUUGGUAGGCUUCAGAACGCUUCGUUUUUUGUUUUUGCUGAAAAAAAGCAGACAGCCGAAAAGCUCUAAAACACAAAACAUUUGACUAAGCCUGAUUAAAAAGUUAAGAAACGGGAGAUUUAAUAUUUAAAUGAAUAGCGGCUUUGUUGAUUAAGCUACACUGAUAAGCCAAUGAUCACCAACUGGCAACCGCAAGACCUGUGCGGCUUGUUGUUAUAAUUCUAAAAGUCCGUGUCUUCCUAGGAAAAAGCCUGCAGAUUCUCGUGCUAAAUUAAACACACCUAUGCUCGGAUUUAAUAAGAAAUUAUGUCUUAUUAUCUAGAGAAGUUUUUAUCGCAUUUUUAACGUUCGCUUUUAAUUUACUUCAUAGCGUAUUCCAUUAAAGUUACAACAAAUAAUUGCGAGAAAUGUUUUUGCACCCAGAUACUGGAAGAAAACUUGCGUUAGUUGAUUCCUCUUCAUUUAAGGGUUUUAUUUUGCAUCAAGCUAUCUGUAAUCCUAAGCUUCACAGGUAUGUAUUUGCGGAUGGACGCUAUAAAAGUCCAGUUGAUACUGAUGUUUUUCCUGCAAAUAUUAUUUAUGUACAGACAAUAAGAUAAGCAGAUGCUACAGUAAAAUGCAGACACUUUACUGCAAACAGAUAAGGUUGUAGAUGAGAUGGUACCAACAAAGACAAAGGAUACCGGGAUAAGGUUCUACUUGAAACCCAAACAUGCGUAUUUGAUAUAAAUUACUUUCCAUUUUGUUUUGAUUGUAUGCAGAGCCACCUCUACUAUAACACAACUUUGCUGUUACCGCAUUUAAGCACGAAUAUUUUACUCUUUUGCUUUAAUCUAAGGGCUUUCAUCCGAUGAACUUUUGGCAGAGAUUAGGAAAUUGGAGCAAAAGAACGAAGACCUACAAGAACGAAUUGAUGGACUUGUGGAGGCUAUCAACCAAAUGGACGAUGAAUACCAAAGUUGUAAAGGUGAUACUUUCAUACGCCGUUAUCUCAUCUUAAAGAUGAAUGUAAAAUUUGUGUUUGAAAAGAACAGAAACAUGCAGUAA